AACUGUUCAUUCUUAGUCGCACAAUGUGUCCAUACAUUAUCCUAAUCACGUACAUACACACAUUCAUGAAUGAAACAUGUUAUUCUAUGUUAUCACGCUAGUAAUGGCUUUCGCAUCGGACUGACGAACUCGGCUAAACAUUCCAGCAGAGAGUCCUAUGAAUAUUGCUUAUAAUCUUCAGUCCCCUAGCUUUUUUGUUUGUCAAUGACAACGUUAGUCCAUAAUAAAUUGUUUCAGAGUAACAGAAAGGUUGAGAGUUUUUGGGUCAGUGCAGCUUAUUUUAAGUGUCCUCAAUUUUUGUCAUUUUGUCGCAACAAGUUCUAAAAUUAUAGAGAGGAAUAUAUUAUUCAAAUUUCCUAAGCGUGGAGUCUUGAGAAGAUAGUCAUCAGUGGAGUCAUCAACUCAAUUCUAUUUAAUCCCCAACCUCCGCAAUGGAUGCCCAAAUGAAGGGAGGAGGCGCCCCUGAGCGUCCAGCAAUCCCGGAUAUUCUGAUCGAGGCGACGGUACGAGCCAUCAAAGCUGGAAUGAAACCGGACGACUUUGCCAGAGCUGCAGCCAUGCAACAAGCCAAAGAAGAAGAGAGCACGACGACCAAAAUGGGGGGCAAGCGCACCAAGGGCAAAAGCGAGCGGAGGUUAAGGGGUGGUCACUCAAGGAAGGUCGCAGCCGACGAUGAAGACGCCGAACCUGAGCGAACUUAUCGCAACUUUGAUGAGCGACGGAUGGGGUUUCUUGUCAUUGGCGAUCAGCAUCGGUUUGCGGGUGUAUAUGGGUCAGAUAGGUACGUUUUUGCAUCUGCUGCCCCCCUGGACUACUCCUUCUGCAUGAUUAAUAAAAUCGAAGAGAUUGUGACGGAGGGAGAACAACCUCAAACGGCACGCAAUUAUCGAGCGCCAUUCAAAACUCAGGAUGAACGUUAUCGCACCUCAUCCAUCCGACUCAGCUACAACGUUAUAACCGAAACGGAUGGACUAAUUAACGUACUGUACAAAAUAUUGGAUGGUGGUCCACUAGGACUCUGUUGGUUGGACAUCUCUUUCAAUACAAUCACAAAGCUGGAUGAGGACAGCUUAUCACAACUUCCAAAUCUCAAAAUACUCUAUUUGCAUGGGAAUUCCAUUGUUGACAUGACCGAAAUUCCAAAGCUCCAAGCAUUGGGGAGCCUGAAAACGCUGACCCUUCAUGGCAAUCCCUUGGAGGAGGAGGAAGGGUACCGGAUUGCAGUCAUUUUCUACAUGCCGUACCUCCUUCACUUGGACAUGGUGGGAGUGACGAAAGCAGAUCGAGCAAACUCUCAAAAUUUUGGUGCAAGGUAUGAGUCCUACUGGAAGAAGCGUCACGAAGAGUUUGAGGAGAGUUACAAGUCUCAGAAAAAAGCUGCUGAAAUCUCCUACACUGAGCGAGUGAUGAAGGCUGGAGAAGACUCGGAAGACGAGUUUGAUGACAAUAACAAUAAUACUCACAAUACGAAAGCAAAAAAAUAGAUCUAAGCAAAUAGAGUUUGACCCCUUUGACCAAGACAAUGUAUAUGUACUUCAAGACAGUAAUUAUUUAUUAAUACAAAUAUAUUGUAUACAUACACCAACAAACUUGUAUAGCGGAACAACGUAUUUUAAGAACUUUAAAAUCCAAGUAAUUAUACUAG